GACACGUUAUUGCAGCAUGUAGAGACAGGCUCAAACGUGCGGUCGCUGUGGCCGUACCGUGUUUUUUUGUGAGGAAUGGAAAAUGGCUUUACAAUUAAUGUUUUCCCGUAUUUGUGCAGUAAACAGCACGGGUUUUAUGAAGUCACCUUUCUCAGCUUUCGGUAUGACGAGAAGUGGUAAUGACUUGUCAGUGGAACAUGACCGGAAAAACCUGUGUUUUACCAUUAGCUUGGACGGCGAGGCGGAGCACCUGGACAGCGCCGUGCUGAGGUAUAAAUUCACCGGAGAGAAAGAGGUGGAUCUCGUGUCAACCACAGUACCCGAGUCGUUCAGAGGCAAAGGAGUUGCUGCGACGCUGUCUAAGGCUGCUUUAGACUUCCUCGUGAAGGAGAAGCUCAAGGCGCACGUGUCCUGUUGGUACAUCAAGAAAUACAUCGAAGAGAACCCACACCUUGGUUACAAGACGCACAUCACUGGUUACAGUUGAGACAGGGCGGUGUACGAGAGUGAUGAUGGAAAGAACAUCAAAUACUUGAAUUUAUGUACUUGUUCUGCCUACAUCUUAUACGUGUUGAUAACUGUCAUGGUGAUUGUGCCUUAGAAUCUGACAUGAAUAAUUUAAUGGAUGAAUGUACUGAAUGAAUUAUACACUUGGUGCCCUGCAUCUUGUAGACUAGCUUGCACAUAUGCACAACCUUUGUGUUGUGUGGGUUUAUGUUGUGUGUGUGUGUGUGUGUGUGUUUAAGGAGUGAAACUAAAUCACUAUUAGAUACACAGACACUGUCUGAUGCCAACAGUUUGUACAAGUGUAAUCUCACUGCAAAUUAUUUUAAUGUAAAUUAUACAAAACAAAAAACAAGAUUAAGUGAAGUUGUUCUCAGUCAUUCUCAAGACUGCCAGGCUGAGAGAACAGACUUAAUUUGAAGGUAUUUUCGUAUUUUUUAUUUAUUUUUUACUUUUGUUGAAUUUACGUCGAGCAGUAAAUCAGAUUACAGCAUUCUGUAUCCAGUGGCCAAGGUUCUGUAUUAAUCUAUCUUGGAUAUCCAUGAAGGAUGUAAUAAUCUGAGGGCGGGAAAGCUACUCUGCCAAGCGUGACGCUGGGUUUAAGGGAUCAUGGUCUAAUCAGCUUGGUAUUGUCCUCCUGGCCCCUGCGG